GUUGGCGCUCUCAGUUUGAGAUUCAACUGUGUCAACCGAUUGUUCUCCCAGUGUAAUAACCUGCUAUAACAACUCUGUACCACAAUCAUUUUAUUCGUUUCAAGUGUCCAGCUGAGAAGAUAACAUCAACAACUGCUGACUUAGGAAACCAGCUGCUUUGUUGCCAACAUGCAUGUGAUUAAGCGAGAUGGACGCCAGGAGGCAGUUACUUUUGAUAAAAUCACAUCUCGCAUCCAGAAGCUUUGCUAUGGACUCAAUUCUGACUUUGUGGACUCUGCUCAGAUUACAAUGAAGGUGAUCCAAGGUCUGUACAGUGGAGUCACCACCGUAGAGCUGGACACUCUGGCAGCAGAGACAGCAGCCACUCUAACCACCAAACAUCCUGACUAUGCAAUCCUGGCUGCGCGGAUUGCUGUGUCCAACCUGCACAAAGAGACCAAGAAAGUAUUCAGUGAUGUGAUGGAAGACCUGUACAACUACGUGAACCCGUUAAAUAAACGUCACUCUCCUAUGAUCUCCAAGGAGACGCUCGACAUUGUCAUUGAAAACAAGGCUCGCCUCAACUCAGCCAUCAUUUACGACAGAGACUUCUCUUACAACUUCUUUGGCUUUAAGACACUUGAGCGGUCGUAUUUGUUGAAGAUUAAUGGCAAAGUUGCUGAGAGGCCGCAGCACAUGCUAAUGAGAGUGGCAGUCGGGAUUCAUAAAGGAGACAUUGAUGCAGCCAUUGAGACCUACAACUUGCUGUCAGAGAAGUGGUUCACCCAUGCCUCACCUACUCUGUUCAAUGCUGGUACCAACAGGCCACAGCUGUCCAGUUGUUUCUUGCUAACCAUGAAGGACGACAGCAUCAAUGGUAUUUACGACACACUGAAGCAGUGUGCCCUCAUCUCCAAAUCAGCUGGAGGUAUUGGAUUGGCAGUUAGCUGUAUCAGAGCAACAGGCAGCUAUAUUGCUGGGACCAACGGCACUUCCAAUGGGCUGGUUCCUAUGCUUCGAGUCUACAACAACACAGCACGUUAUGUUGACCAGGGUGGAAACAAGAGACCCGGGGCCUUCGCUGUGUACCUGGAGCCGUGGCAUUUCGAUGUGUUUGACUUCUUAGAGUUAAAGAAGAACACAGGUAAAGAGGAGCAGAGGGCCAGAGACCUGUUCUUCGCAAUGUGGAUCCCAGACCUCUUUAUGAAACGAGUGGAAAGCAAUCAGGACUGGUCUCUAAUGUGUCCCAGUGAAUGCCCUGGGUUAGAGGACUGCUGGGGAGAGGAGUUUGAGGAGCUGUACACUCGAUAUGAGAAGGAGGGCAGGGCUAAGCGUGUGGUGAAGGCUCAGCAGGUGUGGUACGCCAUCAUUGAGUCUCAGACAGAAACCGGUACACCGUACAUGCUCUACAAGGAUGCCUGCAACAGGAAGAGCAACCAGCAGAAUCUGGGCACCAUCAAAUCCAGCAAUCUGUGCACAGAGAUCGUAGAGUACACAAGCAAAGAUGAGGUUGCGGUGUGUAACCUGGCAUCCAUUGCCCUCAACAUGUAUGUCACCCCAGAAAGGACCUUUGACUUUAAAAAGCUUGCAUCUGUCACCAAAGUCAUUGUCAAGAACCUGAACAAGAUUAUUGAUAUCAACUACUACCCAGUGCCUGAGGCUGAAAGGUCUAACAUGCGUCAUAGGCCAAUUGGAAUCGGCGUGCAGGGUCUGGCUGAUGCCUUCAUCCUUAUGCGUUACCCAUUUGAAAGCCCAGAGGCCCAGUUGCUCAACAUUCAGAUCUUUGAGACCAUGUACUACUCUGCCCUGGAGGCCAGCUGUGAGUUGGCAGCGGAGCUCGGCACUUACGAAACCUACGCUGGCUCUCCUGUCAGCAAGGGAAUCCUUCAGUAUGACAUGUGGAGUAAAACCCCAACAGAUUUGUGGGACUGGAAAGCACUGAAGGAGAAAAUUGCCAAGCAUGGUGUGAGGAACAGUCUGCUCUUGGCCCCCAUGCCCACAGCUUCCACUGCCCAGAUCCUGGGCAACAACGAGUCCAUUGAAGCCUACACCAGCAACAUUUACACCCGCAGGGUGCUCUCAGGAGAGUUUCAGAUUGUGAAUCCUCACCUGCUGAAGGACCUCACGGAAAGAGGACUGUGGAGUGACGAAAUGAAGAACCAGCUGAUUGCUCAGAACGGGUCCAUCCAGGAUAUUGAGGAGAUCCCUGAUGAUCUAAAGCAGCUGUAUAAAACUGUGUGGGAAAUCUCCCAAAAGACUGUCCUCAAGAUGGCAGCAGAUCGUGGUACCUACAUUGACCAGAGCCAGUCCUUAAACAUCCAUAUUGCUGAGCCAAACUAUGGCAAACUGACCAGCAUGCACUUCUAUGGUUGGAAGUUGGGCCUGAAAACUGGCAUGUACUACCUGCGGACGAAGCCUGCUGCCAACCCCAUUCAGUUCACCCUGAACAAGGAGAAAUUAAAGGAAGCCCAGUCAGUCAAGAGCGAGGAGGAGGAGACCAAAGAGCGCAACACUGCUGCCAUGGUCUGUUCCUUAGCGAACAAAGAUGAGUGCCUGAUGUGUGGUUCCUAAGUGAAGUGUGGUUCACUCAGACUAACACACUUCCUCAUAUCCACCAGCUCCCCCAUUAAAUAUGUAUUUUUGGAAACACAAGUAUUUUUUUAUUUGUAUAUGAUGUUGCAACAAGUGUUAUACAUAUGCCGCUGUCAUCAAGUCACAAAUCUUUGCAGUUUCUAUUUAAUAUAUUCUGGAUUUUCAUCAUGAAGUGUGUGUUGUAUGCAUGUUUGUAUAGAAUUAAUAGGGUACAAUGAAUUAAUAUUUUUAUCAAUACAGUUUUGUAAUAUGUGGGUCACAUUAAUGAACUUCAUGUUGUUGUUUUUUUAGAUGUGUGGAAAAUUAAACUUGUUAUUCAAUGGUCUUAA